CCAUGUCGUUCACUGCCCUCCCCCCAAAACCGGGACCGGCUGACCUUCGGUCGCGGCGUCGUCUAAUGGCGGGUCGAUGCAAGUCGUGCACUCGGAGACCGCCAUCCACGGCGUGGCCAACGGCCACGCGAACGGCCACGCGGUCCACGUGGCGAACGGACAUGUGGUGUUGGAGUCGCAUGCGGAUGAAGGCGCGAACGGUGCACCACUCCGUGGCUCUCGCAACGGGCGAAGCAAGGCGCCGUCGGUGACGAGCCUGCUGGAGGCCCAGCAAUGGCGUGCAGCUUUGUGGACCUUGGAAUCCCCACGGGCGAUCGACCAAAUGACCAGCGAGAUCCGAUUGAAGGCCUGCAACGGUUGCAUCAGCGCCUGUGGUCGCGCGAGUCUUUGGACGCAAGCGAUGGCCCUGAUGAAUGGCAUGAAGGCCAUGGUGCGGAUGCCAUCACCGACGUCAGUGUCUUUCAGUGCUUGUGCACUCGCUUGCGAGAGGGCCUUGCAGUGGAGCAUGAUCUUGGGCCUUCUCGAGCGGGGCCGCUUGGACCGGCUUCUGCGAGAAAAGGAGGCGUCAGGGCGCUCGGGGCGCCAGCGCGCCGCCGAGCUGGCCAGCCUCACCGCCGCCUGUCGGGCCUGUGACCGGGCUGAGCGCUGGCGGAGUUCCCUGGAGCUGAUUCCCAAGAUGUUACAAGGUUCUUUGGAGCCCAACGUUUUCACCUUUGGCAGCGCCUUUCAAGUCUGCCAGCAUGGCAAUGGCCUCAAGGCCUUGGAGCUCUACCAGGAGAUGCGGCAGCUGCACGUGGAGUCUGGGAUCAUCUCUUGCAAUCAGGUCAUGGCGGCUUGCAGCAGUAGUCAACUCUGGGAGGAGUCCCUCGAGCUGAUGGCAGGCGCACGGAGAGAAGCCUUGGAAAGCACCGUGGUCACGGUGAGUAGCGCCGUGAAGAACGAUCUCGCGUGGUUCCAGGUGUUCCAAGUACUGUUCGAGGCCCAGAAAGCUCAAGUGCAGUGCAACGAGAUCGUCCGUGGCACCGCGCUCACCAGCUGCUCCCGUGACGUUGCCUUUGCAUGGCAACGGGCGACCGCGUCCUUAGCGCAAGAGGCCCAAGAGGGUUUGGCGCCCAACGUCUUCAGCUACAGCGCGGCGAUGAAGGUCUCCAGCCUCUGGCGCAAGGUCUUGGGCUUCCUGCCCAGGAGGGCUUCUGGUGUUCCCCGGUGGCGCGACCCGGAUCGCGUGGUGGCCAUGAACCUGGUGGCGGACACCUGUGUGAAGGGCCAGCCUUUCCAGUGGCCGUUGGUGAUGCAGCUCUUGGAUCGGGACUUACAGGCAGCGGGCUUGGAGCCCGAUCUCUUCAGCGCAGAUCAUUUGAUCGAAGCCUUGCCGCAGUGGCGCGUGGCGCUGCACCUGGUCAAGGAGGAGCUUCUGGACGAGGAUGCGCAGGUGAACUUGGCCUCCAAGGUGGUCCAUGAGAAUUGGGAGCUGGCUUUGUCGCUUCUGCCCGCCCGUGGGCGAAAGAAGAGCAACCUGGUCCUGCUCUCAGUCAUGGCGUAUCGUGGCCGUUGGCACGAGGUGUUAAGGCGCUUGGAGGGGCUCGCUGAUGAGGAACCAUCUGACCGCGAGUCCGUUUGCAAUGCCGUUUGCACGGCCUUCGACAAUGGCUCCCAAUGGCCUUUGGCGCUGAGAUUUCUGGAAGGUCUACUUCACCAAAGGACGGUGUCCUCCAGCCUGGUGUACAACUGGGCCAUCACCUUUUUAACGUCCGGCCGUGCGCCAUGAGGUCCAGGUCCCGCUUUUCAGAACAGCCGAUCCAUCAUGGGCUUCCAGAGAGGGUGAAUUCCUACACGGCUGCGUGCGACCUGAGCCUGGUUUUGUCCAGACAGGGCACUGCUGUACAGACCCCUGCCUACUGGGCAAGCUGCUUUUGUUACAUUGAUUCAUGGUCCGGUCGGUUUGGUCGUUGACAAGACUUUCAAAGAACGGAUCGAGUACAACGAACCCCUGUGCCUUGAAGUGAAGAGAGAGCUUCUGGCGUGUAAGCCGACAUCAUUUGAGCGCUGCUGGGGAUGAAUCCGAACCCGGUAGGGUUCCAACUACGUAGUUCUCAUCAAGCAGCCAAGGAGAGUUGUAGGGCUGAAG